UAUUCGAUUAUUCGUCAAGUUGCAUAUUGCCAGCCAUGUACUCUGUUCGGGAAUAGAUUAAAAAAUAAACAAACGUCAUGGAUUGACGGAUUUGAUGACUGGGAUCACAUAACGAUUGCUAUGAACCGUCAUGAAAGUUCUACAUUUCAUCUUGUGUCAUGUAAAGCUUAUAAUAUGUAUCAUAAAAAUUUAAGUAUAGACUGUCAAAUAAAAAAGCAAGACGCUUCUGAAUCUGAAUAUUGGACCGCAGUUUUGACACGUAUAAUAGAUAUAUCGAUCACAUUAGGUGGCCAAAAUUUGUCUUUCAGAGGCCAUAGAGAAGAUGCUAACUUCAAAAAUAAUGGAAAUUUUAUGGCUUUAAUAAGACUUCUAGCCAAAUAUGAUCCAAUAUUGGCAACACUUCUAGAGAAGCCAAAGGGAAGCAUAAAAUAUCUUAGCCACCAAAUUCAAAAUCAAAUAAUUGCAUUAAUAGAAAGUGAAAUAAAGAAAAAUAUAAUAUCUGAUGUUACCUCCGCGCCAUUUUUUUCCUUAAUUCUAGAUUCAACACAAGAUAUAAGCAAGGUUGACCAAGUUUCUACGAUAUAUCGGUAUGUACAUAUAGAUGAACUUGGAAUUCCUAAAAGUAUUGAAAUAAAAGAAGAUUUCAUAGGUUUUUCUGAAGCAGAAGGAAAUACAGGUGAAGAAAUAGAAGAACAAACAGUUAAAACAUUUAAAGAUAAUGGUCUUGAUAUUGGUAAAUUUAGAGGAAUUGGAUUAGACGGAGCAGCAAGUAUGAGUGGUAAACAUAAUGGCUUGCAGGCUCGACUUCGGAAACGACAGAAAAAAGCAAAAUAUGUUCAUUGUGCAUCGCAUAAUUUAAAUUUGGUGAUAAACGAUUCUGUGAAAGAUAUUACGGAAAUCAGACAAUUUUUUGAGAUGUUAGAAACUCUAUAUACUUUUUUCGGAAACAGUAUACUUCGAUGGGCAAAAUUGAAAAAAGAAAGCUGUGAAAUUUCUAGAUCACUCAAAAGGCUGUGCCCAACACGAUGGUCGUCUAGAACUGAUUGUUUGAUAUCACUCAACCAUAUGUACCCAGAUGUUAUGAAAGUUUUAAACAACAUUACGUUGACCGGGCGUAAUAAGGAUGAACAAAACAAUGCCUCCACACUCAAAAAAUAUUUCGAAAGUUAUGAAACAAUUAUUUUAAUUCUAUUGAUGUAUAAAAUAUUGUCAAAAAUUAAUUUAGCAUCUAAAAUACUUCAAUCGCCUGGAGCUGAUAUUGGCAAAGCUGUUGAUUUGAUAAAAAGCACAUUGGAAAAUAUGGGGAAAAUUCGCGAUAACUUUAACAUUUUAAUAGAAGAAGCUAAUUCUAAAGCAUUACAAUGGAAUGUAACGCCCGAGUUUUCUUGCAUACGAACGAGAAAAGUAAAAAAAUUUUAUGGUGAGCUAUGUCAAGAUAAACGUCUUUCAGAAGGAAACCAUUAUUUUAAAACUCAAGUUUUAUAUCGAUGUAUUGAUACUGUUGUUACACAAUUGAAAACAAGAUUUGUAGGCCUUAGUGAAAUAAAUGAUUUAUUUAGUUGUAUUUUACGACCAACUGUAAUAUCUGAUGAAGAGAUCGGUAAGAGUGCAAAAAAGUUGGCAGAGGCAUUUGAGGACUUUAAUCCAGCAGAACUUACAACACAAAUCGAAUCAUUUAAAUUUCUGUUUGCUUCUGAGCUUAAAUCUUGUCGCAGCGUUUUUGAUAUGACUAAAUUACUAAUAAUUGAUAAUAAUAAUUUAAUUGCUAGUUUCCCAGAUUUGUUAACAGCAUUUUAUUUGUUCCUUACAUUACCGGUUACUGUGGCAAGCGCAGAGAGGACAUUCUCAAAACUUAAAUUAAUAAAGAAUUAUCUCAGGAGCACCAUGUGCCAAACACGGCUCAGUGGCCUUGCAAUGAUUUCAAUUGAAAAUGAACGGGCUAAAAAAUUGAAUUUGUCGUCAUUAGUUAAGUUAUUUUCUCAAGAUCGUAGCAGAAAAAAAAGUUUUCAAAACAGUAAUCUGGAUAAUAACACACCCAUAUGUAAUGAUACGGUCUAUGAUGUAGAAACCAAAAAUCAUUUAUAUACAAUCCAGAACUUGUCGUUAUGGAAAUAUGCUAAAGAGGAUCUUGUUCAAUCGUAUGAUUCUACACUACCUCUUACAACACUUAAUAAUUUCAUUAAUAAUUCAACAAUAUACAAGAGAAGUAUUGAAUUUGUUAUUACGAGAGCAAUAAAAAUCAUUGAAUUACGAACUAUUAAGUAUGCAAUUUUACUAAUUUCUUAUGCCUUUGAGGCAAUAAGAAUUAGAAAGUCUAUGGACCCAUAUUGGGACCAAAUAAAAGAAAAUUUAAAUAAGUUAAGUGACGCGCUGAUAACAAUGACAGACAACAAUGUCAUACGAAAAAAAUUUUAUAAACUUAACCCUGAAGAGAUUGUAUAUAAAGAAAUGAAUAAGUUAAAAUCCAUGGUAUGUGAAUACGUGCAAUUAUUAUUAUCGCCCGAAGAAAAAAAUACCUACUCGAAUGAUUUAAAUGAAAACAACUUUACACCAUCUAAUAUCAAUGAACAAGAUAUAUUACCACAAUAUCUAUUAAAAAAAAUAUUAAAUGGAUUUCCCAAACCUCACAAAGACGAGGAAUUUUAUGACAUUCCAACAAAUAUAAGUGAUAUAGAGGAAAAAUUUCAAAAAAUUAUUAGCUUAAUUAAAGUAGAGUACACACAUAUUUUAGAAAUAAAAUUUUGAUUUUUAAUAAUGUCUUAUCUAAUAUUCUAAAAAAAUUAAUUGAAUUCUUACUAAAGAUUGUAUAAUUUAUUAUUUUAAAAUAAGCCAAGAACAUAUUGUUCAAUUUAAUAAAAAUUUAUGAAAGUAAUUUGGUGGAUUUAUAUAAAAAAAAUUAAUUGAAAAUCAUAAAUUUUUAAUAAAUAAUAAAUAUUUUUUAUUUUUCAUAAUUACAUUGAAAGAUAUGGAGUGAUUCUUUUAUCAUAAUCCACCUAUUUAUUUGAAACGUAAAAAUA